CCGACUGGGUGUCACCCAUCUAGUCCCCGGCACAAGCGACGAUACUGUACCGUUGUCGUAAUAAGUUCUCGGAAAUUGACAGGAGUUUUUAUUAAAACUCAACAACCUCGACUCUUUAGCCUCUUUACGGUCCGCCGACUGACUGGGCUUCAAUUCUUGUUCUUCACACGUCGACGGCCUCGUGAUGCGCAGCCUGGUCAAUCUAUCCACGCGGCACGCGGCGCCAUCUUUUCGAGCGGCCUCGACGUGGACUCUCUCAAGGAGACACCAUGCCCGUGGUGCAAAGCCUAAAUAUUCAACUGCAGGGCCUGUCGCUAUGGUCGUCGCCGGCAUCGCAGGCUUCGGCACUUGGUAUGCAGAUGACAUUGAACCACUCCCGGCCAUGUUCAGACCACAUCAUGCUAGACACUAUGCUGGAGCAGCGGCCACGGAAAAGGGCAUCGCAGAGAUCCGUCAUCGGCUCGGAGAAGAUGCAGCCCAAGGCCAUAGUUUUCCCGUCGAGUACCGAGGAAGUGGCCGCCGUCGCCAAGAUCUGCUCCCGUUACAAGAUCCCGAUGGUGCCAUUUGGCGCUGGCUCGAGCGUGGAAGGGAAUUUUUCGUCAACAUACCCGGGCGUCUGCAUCGAUCUAUCGCGGAUGGACAAGAUUAUCGAGUUUCACCCAGAUGACCUAGACGUUACCGUCCAAGCCGGGGUCAACUGGACGCAUCUAAACGCACACAAGGAGAUUGAGGAGAGCCGCUUGUUUCUGCCGCUGGAUCCUAGUCCGACAGCUCAGAUUGGGGGGAUGAUUGCGACCAACUGCAGCGGAACCAACGCCAUGAGGUAUGGCACAAUGAAGGACUACGUUCUCAGCGUAACGGUUGUAUUGGCCGACGGCUCGGUUAUCAAGACGCGUCGCCGGCCGCGCAAGACUUCGGCGGGCUAUAACCUGACGGGCCUCUUCACAGGGUCUGAAGGCACGCUUGGAAUCAUCACAGAGGCGACACUCAAGUUGGCCAUUGUGCCCUCCGACUAUAGUGUGGCUACCGCAACCUUUCUGACUGUCAUGGACGCUGCCGACGCGGCAUCCAAGAUGAUCCGCGCAGGAGUCAAUCUUGCCGCGUGCGAAUUGAUGGACGACGAGCAGAUGAAGGUUGUCAACAAAAGUGGCGGAGCGGGGGAGAAGAAAUGGGAAGAGUUGCCCACUCUUUUCCUCAAAUUCUCCGGGUCUCGACAAAUCAUCGAGGACAGCAUUCGUGCGGCAAAGGAUGUCAGCAGUACAUCUAGGUGCCAAUCGUUUCUCUCCGCAAAGAGUAAACAAGACAUGGAUUCUCUAUGGUCGGCCCGGAAACAAGCUCUCUGGGUGUGCCUCGCAGCUCGUCCAGAGGGAACAGAGGUUUGGUCCACGGAUGUGGCCGUUCCCAUAUCUCGAAUGGCCCAGAUGAUAGAGGAAUGCAAAGCCGAUGCAGCGCAGCUCGGUCUCUUUUCGAGCGUGUUGGGUCACGUCGGCGACGGGAACUUUCACCAGAUGAUCAUGUACAACCCAAGCAAGCCGUCAGACGUAGCGAGCGUCAAGAACUUUGUUGAUGGCAUGAUGCACAAGGCCCUGGAUAUGGAAGGAACAGUAUCGGGCGAGCAUGGUAUCGGGAUCGGUAAGAAGCAUUGCCUACUGGAAGAAUUAGGCCCCGAGACGAUUGGAGUCAUGAAGGCUAUCAAAGACCGCCUAGACCCACAUUGGCUGAUGAAUCCGGGCAAGGUGUUUGACGAGUAG